AUUCUUCAGGCCAGCCAACAUAUACCUUGCAAAAUGCGAAUCUGGAUUGCCAUUGGUGUGUUACUAUCGGCAGUGGGUGUGGUCCAUUGUAUAGAUAGCAGAUUACAGACUAUCCCAGAUAAAUAUAUCGUAGUCCUCAAUGAUGACGAGAUGCUGGACCCUCUAAUCAACCACAUAAAGCAGAAGAUGGUUUCUCGCUCGGAGAGGUUUUCAGUUUUAAGGAAAUAUUACAAAGCACUCAAUGGGUUUGCUGCAGAGAUGUCGGAAGAUGUGGCAGAAAGGAUAUUGCAGAUGCCUGCCGUAAAAUAUAUGGAACCUGAUGCGAUUGGUGUAGUCGAAGGUUCGCCUUCAUCGUCGUCUUCAUCAUCGUUCUCGCCGUCAUCGACAUUGUCGUCGUCGUUAUCAUGGGGUCUUGAUCGCAUUGACCAGCGCAACUUGCCACUCGAUGGCACAUUCAGCACCGAAGGUGAUGGAGAGGGGGUGACGAUACAUGUCAUAGACACCGGUAUACGGGUGUCCCACCAAGAAUUCGAAGGUCGAGCCAGCUAUGGUGAAGACUUCUUGGACGAUGGUUGGAACGGGUUCGACUGCCUUGCUCAUGGGACUCACUGUGCCGGUACUAUAGCAGGAAGAUUCCAAGGAAUCGCAAGAAAAGCCAAAAUAGUUUCUCAUCGGGUAUUUGGCUGUAAUGGCAGGGGUGAGAAAUCGGAUGCUAUAGCAGCUAUUGAAUCGGUUAUUCAAACUACCACCUACCCCGCCGUCAUGUCCAUGUCGUGGCGUUUCUUAGCGGAUCAGUCCGUCGAUGAUGCCGUCGCUCAUGCGGUUGAUGCCGGCAUCGUUUCGGUAGUAGCAGCUGGAAACCAAGACGAUGACGCCAGUAUCAACUCCCCUGCUCGUGAACCAAAGGCAAUCUCCGUUGGGGCUACUGACCGUAACGACUACAGGGCGGAUUUUUCUAACUAUGGUUCUUAUGUAGACCUCUUUGCACCCGGUGUGGAUAUCCCAAGUGCCCAUCCUGCAUCCGAUGAUGCAUACGCUGUUUACGAUGGUACCAGUAUGUCUGCCCCUCAUGUCGCUGGUGUUGCCGCCAUUCUCCUCGGUAAUGGAGUUCCUCCCUCUGACGUAAUCAAGCAUCUUCUCCGAGACGCAACUAAGAACGUCAUCUAUGACAACGAGUUUUAUUCACCAAAUCUACUUCUUUAUCUGAAGUAAACGCGAUGAAAGUCACGAAAGUGUGAAUAAAAGAAAGGAAUAGUCCUUUUAAUUGAGAUAUAGAUCAUAAAGGGGUUGGUUUGGAUCGAUGGCACUUGUUUGUUACUGGCGACGGUGGCGAUAACUAUGAUGAAAAUAGUAAUUAUGAUUAUAAUUACAAUAAUACAAAUUACUCAACGAUAUCGAUAGUAGAAGUAGUAGUAGUAGUAGUAGUGGUAGUAGUAGUAGUAGUAGUAGUAGUAGUAGUAGUAGUAG